AGCGAGAGAGAGAGAGAGAAAGAGAGCGAUAGAGAGAGAGAGAGAGAGAGGGACUCUCCACGGCCCGGAUUAGUGCUGUUUCCUCUGCGUCUGAACAGACCUGCUCUCUCAAUGACGCUUGGUUCUUCUUCGUGAUUUCUUCGCCAUGAGCUGCCUGGAUGUGAUGUACCAAGUGUUUGGUCCUCAGCCUUAUUUCAGCUCCUACAGCCCCUAUCACCACCAGAAACUGGCCUUGUAUUCCAAAAUGCAAGAUCCCCAGGACAGCGGCAGCCGGCUCGGCCCCCUGGGGCCCCCGGCGAUCAAAGAGGAGGACAAGGAGCUGCCGCCGGGAGCCGAGUACCUGAGCUCCCGCUGCGUCCUCUUCACUUACUUCCAGGGCGACAUCAGCGCCGUGGUAGACGAGCACUUCAGCCGAGCGCUCAGCCAGACGACUGCAUACCCUGCCUCAAGCAGCCACAAGGCCGUAAGAGACGGAUCAUUCCCGAUGAGCCAGCGAAGUUUCCCUCCUUCCUUCUGGAACAGCUCCUACCAGCCGUCGGUCUCCUCCACACUGGGCAGCGCUCUGUCGGCUUCCCACACAGAGCUCUCCUUCCCCGGGGACCCGUACUCCUCCGCCUCCCUGCAUAGCCACCUACACCAGCCCAGCCCGGACACCUGGCACCCGUCCCACCACCACCACCACCAUCACCACCACCCUUACUCGCUAGGGGGCGCUAUAGGCACCCAGAGCUCGGCAUACUCACGCCCGGGGGUUCACGAGAUGUACGGCACGGCGUUCGACCCGCGCUACGGCUCGCUGCUGGUGCCGUCAGUGAGGCCUCACCACCGGCUGACGUCCGGCAGCUCGGUACCGGGGCCCAGCACCUCACCCUGUGAGCUCAGGGGGAAGGGGGAGUCAGGGACGGGGGCGAGCUGGAGUGGGGCCUUCACUGGAGCCGGAGCAGAAAUUGGACUCAACAUGGACACAGGUCUACAGGCACAGGAUAAGAGCAAGGAUUUGUAUUGGUUUUAGAGACUCCUCAUACCACACACACACACACACACACACAAAUACACACACACUCACACACACGCACACAGCCCUUCUCUCUCCUACUUUAGCUGUAGCCUCUUCCUAUCCUCCACCCCUGCUCUACUCUGUUGCUGUGCUGCUGUUAUGGGAUGACUGACAGAGAAACCUGACGGCAGUUUUGUGCUGUAACGGCUUCUGGUCUACUUGCAGCUCUGUGUUACGGUGGACUGUGCAGCAGCAGCAGCAGCAGCGGCAGCAGCAGCAGCAGCGCAGCCCUGCUGAGCUGAACGCUGGCAGUGCGGAUACAAAAGCGAUUGCGUGGAAACAAAAAAAAACAAAAAAAGAAAAUUGGACUCGCAGAGAGGAGCGAGAGAAUCUGAUCUGAUCUUGACGGAUGUGGACAAAGACUCAGAGACUCUUUGUGCUUCUGUAACAGGCAGGGACAACAUUCCUAAACUGGAAAAAGUCUGGGGACAGACGGACAGAGACACAUGUUGUGUUGUCAAACUCCAAAGACGAGCGCUUGAAGGACUUGGCAGGACUUGCCUCACUGGGACAACUGGGCUGCAGACACUGGGAGUGUGUUAUGGCUGGAGGAAAGGCCAUGUUGGUGUUGAGGAGGCUGCACAGCGAGAAUCUGGCAGACGGAGGAGUCCAAACACUUCACAUACACACGGUUUACAUGGAUCCCUUGGUCGUUAUGUUAUGGCACAGUAAACGUUUAACAGUUUUGCAUGGGUUUUCAAGUGACAUCAAAAUAUAUUCAAGUCAUGAUUUCACAGGUUUUUCAAGCAACCAGCUACAAACUACUUUUGUGUCCCAAUUCCAUACGAUGUACAAACUCUAAGCAGGUUAAUAAACUCUGUACGCUGAAUCCUCUUGAUUUAUGACUGUGCAGUUGCCCCACAAUGCAGUGCACAAGUGAAGCGGGGGAGCUGCUGACAGCUGCAAAAAUUUUUUAAAUAGACUGGAGACACAGCUCCAGGAAGGUCUUUAAAAGAAGUGUUUGCAGUUUGACCAACAUCCAUCGAGGUGCGUACUGUACUGCUUCCAUUCCUGUCAGUACAGAACGUUCUUAACAUUAAGUUUCGUUCACAUUGUACUAUUGCAAUUUCUACAUACAGUGGUGCCCUACCCUAUUAAUAUGUAGUAUGGAAUUGGGACACAGUUGUCUCAUUAAGAUGUUACACUGACAAAACGGUUUGGUGAUUUUUGCGAGUCAAAUAAUGUCUUGACCACUAUGUUAAAAUGUAUUAUUUUCUAUUUAUAUUUCAUGUUGGAGGUCCGGACUGUGAGAGGAAAUAGACACUUAAAUUUAGUGCUGGGUAGAAAGUUGACAGACAAUCAUUUUGAUAAUCAGUUCAUUUUUUAAGUCGUUUAUCAGACACUAAAAAUUUGCUGCUUGAAGCUUCUCAAACAUGAUUGAUUUUUCUCCCUCUGUUUUAUAUGAUUCAAUACUUUUGGGACUGUUGGUCAUACAAAACAAUGUCACCGUUGGCUCAUCUGACAUUUUCCCCUAUUUUAUUUUAUUUUUUAAAGUUUAUACACAGAAUUCAACUGAAAAAUAAUAGAUUGAUUAAUAGAUACGGAAAAUUGUUAGUUGCAGCCCUAAUUUAAAGCUACAGUAUGUGACUUUUUUGUUUUUUAACCCCCGACCUUUUGAACAGCAGCGGUGCAGGGAUUGAGCCUCGGCCUCCUAUCCAAUCACAGAGAGCCAUGGUCAGAGCUGGGAGCUCACGGUUGUCAAUCAAUAACUGAACUGCUUCUGGUCUACGAGGCUUCAAGCUAGCAUUAGCUGCUGGAAGGCGUUGCUGUGGCUGAGUCACAGGUUAGCAAGCUCCUGAUUCCUGCACUAGCUGAGACCACGAGGAUGUAGGUGAAGGGCUGGGGGCGGAGCUACGACAGCUACAACCUGCAGAACUUGCAGGUUGUACGUAACGUUUUACCUUUACAUCUUUUACAUCUUUUGACCUGUAAAUCAGAAACGAAACAUCCUCACUGUGCAAUGUUGACACCUGUUCUAUCAUAUUCCUCGGUCAUUAUAUUACACAAAGAUAACGGAUGUCACAGUUAUGAGAACAGCCAACUGUGUCCCAAAUAUAUAUAUAUAUAUAUAUAUAUAUAUAUAUAUAUAUGUAUAUAUAAAGAAAUAGCCUCAAUAACCUCAGGUGUUUUUUUGUUUUUUUUGAUUGGGAAAUGCACAUUUGACAAAAACACUGCUGAAAAAACAAACCAAUUCCUUCGUUGAAUAUCAUCAACUUUUAGGUCAGUGUAAAACUGUUUAAUGGGCCAAACUGGGUGAACAGAGCCUUUAACCUGCCGCUGAUACAAUGAGGAUGAAUAUGUUGAUGAGAGGACGCCCACCUCAGCAGCAACAUGAUGCUAACUGGAGCAACCAGCGCCACCACAUCUCUACGCUUAACGCUGCCGAGAGGACCGGACUGUGCUAACCCGCUCUGUCCUGGACAAUUUAUGGUGAAAGCAGAUAUUAAAAAAAAAAACAAAAAAAAAAAAAACACACAUCUCCAUGGCUGUGUCAACAAGAGAAAUAUAAACCUCACACCAAUGGCUGCUGAGAGAGAGAGAGAGAGAGAGAGAGAGAGAGAGAGAGAGAGGAGGGGUCCUUCUGAUGAAUGAGGAGAACGACGGCUAUUUGAAGCCACUUGACUCUUUCUCGCCUGCUCCCCUGCAGCUGUCAACGACAACUGCUCUUCAACUCUACACACACACACACACACACACACACACACACACACACACACACACACACACACACACACACACACACACAGCCCCCCUGUGCAGUGUUCAAGCCAGGCCUAUGAACUUAAUAAAGGGAGCAUUUAGUGCGAGGUGGAUCCUGCUCCACUGGGACAACUGGUGUGAUAUAAGUCAAGGGAGCAGAGAGCAGUGGAGACACACACAAACACACACAUAUACAUACACACACACACCUGUCAAAUAGUAGUUUGUUAGUGUGUAUGUACGCACAGGAUACAUCAAUAUUUCUAUACUUACAAGGACCAAAUCAACACAGAAAGAUGAAGAAAAUUCAGCCGGUGGCUACUCAUUUUUUGGGAUUUGAUAAUAAUUGGGAUUAGUUCUAGAUUAGUAUUAGUCAUUAAGAUUAGUCUUAAAUGAUAAUGCUGGCAUUAUCUUUUAUUUAUCAACAAAUCCUCUGAAAAGACCAAAACCAAUGAAUUUUCCUGCUGGCAGAUAUUUUCUUUCGUCCCUCUGCCUUUGACUAAAAGAUGUGCUCGCAUUUGUGGAUCAGUAGGAGCCGUUUCAUUCAUGCUUUUUAAUCACUGGCACAUUCGUUCGCUGUUAGGCAACCGGCUGAGUAGGAACAAACAUUUUCAUACACGUACAGUUCGAUUAUAAAGUGAUCAUUGUUCAAUUAUUGACAGGCCCGUAACACCUUCGUGCCAACACUUUUUAACCCAAACUUCCUCCUUAUGUAAUGAUCAAUUCCUUCAUGUAAAUUGUCUUUGACCGAAAUAAGUAACGUGUCUUUAAUAUUUUCUGGAUGAUUUAGAGUUCAUUGCAUAGAGACAAACAAUGUGAGCACAAACAAUAUUUAGUUACUUGAUUAAUUUCACAAGUUUUUGGUGUUUUUUAUUAAAUAGUAAUGAUAAUAAUAAUAAUAAUAAUAAUAAUAAUAAUAAUGAUUACGUAAAGAAGUUCAAUAAUAAAGGAAUCAUUCGAUAUAGCCAACAAAGGUCCUUUUAAGUAUCGUGAAACAAUCAUUUGAGAGUGUGUGUGUUUGUGUGUGACAGAUGCUGCAGCCGUUCAUGUGAAACUAUUUCGUCAUCUCUUCAUUUCUUCCAGGUACACAGGCCUUCUGUAAAUCAGCAGUCCCAGCAUGCAGCGGUGUUCUAUGUGAAUAUAUUAAUAUAUUGCCUAAAGUAUUGUUUCUGUUGAUUCACUCCAGUGUAAAGUCUUUGUAUGUAUUUGCUGUAUGCCUGUAACUAUAAAGUAACAGCACUGUCGUGCUCAAAGGUGAACCUGGUCAAUUUUUUUGGAAGCAAGGGCUGAAAAAAAAUCUUUAUCUAUGAAAUGCAAUAAAAACAGUUAAAGUAUA